AUGGUCCGGUCCCCCACCCUACCCGGGUUGAUGCGGUCCCCACCCAAGAUGUCCGGAACCCCACCCGACCGGGCGGAUGCGGGUCCCCACCCGGGAUGGUCGAGAACCCACCCCCCCCCCCUUCCCUCCGGCCUCCGUGGACUCGGUUCCCACCCGGAAUGUGUGGACUCGGUUCCCACCCGGGAUGGUCCGAACCCCCACCUGGCCCCCCGGGUGGAUCCGAUCCCCACCCGAGAUGGUCCGGACCCCCACCCGGCCCGGGAUGGCCCAGCCAGGGACCCUGUUCCCACCCUGGAUGGUCUGGGCCGGACCCCCCAUCCGACCCGGAUGGACCCGGUUCCCACCCGGGAUGGUCCGGACCCCCCACCCGGCCCGGGUGGAUCCGGUUCCCACCCGGGAUG